GAAGGGGAAAACAACGAAUGCCAUAUCCGGUUUGUACGUUUUUGAGUUAUUGAAUAUCUGCAAAGGACUACAAAAUGAGGACAAUCAUGAUGGUUGCAGAAAAACCUUCCCUGGCUCAGGCAAUUUCCAAGAUUCUUUCCAAAGGAAGUUGCACAAGCCGAAAGGGGCUCAAUGGAUCGUGCUGGGUCCAUGAAUACAACGGUGUCUUCCAUGGACAAACUGCACGCUUUAAGAUGACUUCAGUUUGUGGACAUGUGAUGAGUUUGGAUUUCAUUGGUAAAUACAACAACUGGGAUCAGGUGGACCCAGCAGAACUCUUCAGCAAAGCGCCGACAGAAAAAAAGGAGGUCAACCCUAAACUCAGCAUGGUGAAAUUCCUGCAAGUUGAAGCCAGAGGAUGUGACUUCUUGGUGUUAUGGUUGGACUGUGAUAAAGAAGGCGAGAACAUCUGUUUUGAGGUUAUUGAUGCUGUACAACCUGUCAUGAAAGUGGGUGUCAGGGAGAGGACUAUUUACCGUGCCAGAUUCAGCUCCAUUACUGAAACUGAUAUCUGGAAGGCUAUGAAUCAACUUGGAGAGCCAAACCACAAUGAAUCACUUUCCGUGGAUGCACGGCAGGAACUGGAUCUACGGAUUGGCUGCGCGUUUACUCGGUUCCAAACCAAAUAUUUCCAGGGAAAAUAUGGAAAUCUGGACUCUUCUUUGAUAUCAUUUGGACCUUGCCAGACCCCAACUCUUGGGUUUUGUGUGGAACGUCAUGAUAAAAUCCAGUCCUUCAAACCAGAGAACUACUGGGUUAUACAUGUAAAGGUAUUUAGGGUGAAGGAAAACCCACUGACCCUUGAUUGGAACAGAGUUAAAGUCUUUGACAAAGAUGUGGGCCAGAUGUUUGUCAACCUGACCAAGACAUCCAAGGAAGCCCAGGUUGAGUCGGUGACCAAGAAGGAGAAGAGUAAGCAGAGACCCCAGGCUUUAAACACAGUAGAGAUGUUGAGAGUGGCAAGUUCUGCCUUGGGUAUAGGUCCUCAGUAUACUAUGCAGAUUGCUGAGCGCUUAUACACACAGGGAUUCAUAAGCUAUCCUCGAACUGAAACAUCCCACUAUCCAGAAAGCUUUGACCUGAAGGGAACACUGAAGCAGCAGACCAACUGUCCUUUUUGGUCAGAGGAGGUGAAAACUCUCCUUUCAAACGGAAUAAAUCAUCCCAGGAAAGGAGUUGAUGCUGGGGACCAUCCACCUAUUACCCCCACUCGUGCAGCCUCAGAAGAAGAACUGGGAAGUGAUGGCUGGCGGCUAUAUGAGUACAUAACAAGACAUUUCAUUGCCACUGUCAGUCAGGACUGCAAAUACCUACAGACAACCAUUACCUUCAACAUUGGCACUGAAACGUUCACAUGUAGUGGCAAAACCCCAAUAUCAUCAGGUUACACAGCUGUGAUGCCAUGGCAGGGUAUCCCUCUCGAAGAAGCCCUACCUGUCUGUCAAAAGGGAGACAUGUUUACAGUAGAUGAGAUUAAGCUGGUGGAAAAGCAGACAAUCCCUCCAGACUUCUUGACUGAGGCUGAACUUAUCACUCUAAUGGAGAAACAUGGCGUUGGCACUGAUGCUAGCAUCCCUGUCCACAUUAACAACAUCUGCCAAAGGAACUAUGUGACAGUAGAGAAUGGACGCAAGUUAAAGCCAACCAACCUGGGCAUAGUCCUUGUGCACGGCUACUACAAGAUUGAUGCAGAACUGGUACUCCCCACCAUCCGCAGUGCUGUUGAAAAGCAACUUAAUUUAAUUGCACUAGGAAAGGCCAACUUCCAGCAAGUACUCCAGCAUACAUUGGACAUUUUCAAGAGGAAGUUUCACUAUUUUGUGGACUGUGUCUCUGGUAUGGAUCAAUUGAUGGAAGUCUCUUUUUCGCCAAUUGCUGCUGCAGGAAAACCAUUAUCUCGUUGUGGCAAGUGCCACCGGUUCAUGAAAUUAAUACAGGCCAAACCUAGUCGACUCCACUGCUCCCACUGUGAUGAAACAUAUAGUCUUCCCCAGAAUGGAGCCAUCAAGUUGUACAAGGAGCUUCGCUGUCCACUGGAUGACUUUGAGCUAGUGCUUUGGACCUCUGGGGCCCGAGGCAAAAGUUAUCCAUUGUGCCCCUACUGUUUCAGCAAACCGCCUUUCAGGGACAUGAGAAAAAAUGUAGGAUGCAAUGAAUGUACCCAUCCUUCCUGCCUGCACUCUCUCAAUGCUUUGGGUAUUGGACAGUGUGUGGAGUGUGACAGUGGAGUUUUGGUACUGGAUCCAACCUCUGGGCCGAAAUGGAAGAUGUCCUGUAAUAGGUGCAAUGUAGUUGUUAAUUUCUUUGAAAAUGCACAUCGCGUACAGGUUGCUGAAGAUGUUUGCAAUGCAUGUGAUGCUUCCCUGGUAAUGGUAGACUUCAGUAAGGCCUGCAACCCACUUCCUUCGGAUGAGACCCAACACACCGGCUGUAUUUUUUGUGAUCCAAUCUUCCAAGAUCUUGUAGAAAUUAAACAUGCUACUAUGAGGCACCCAAUGCACCGAGGUAAAGGUGCAAGAAGAGGACGCGGGCGAGGAAGGGGACGCCGUGGACCCCCUAGAAAACCCAAAGACAAAAUGGAUGAAUUGGCAGCAUACUUUGUAUAGUAUAUUACUUUUGCGGAGCUCUCUAUUUGCUAUGGCUCUUAGUACACAUUCUAUACUGUAAGUCCAUGUUAUACAGUAUAUUUUGAUGAAUGUUUUUUGUUUGGUUAGUUAAUUAUAUAGUUCAGUAUUUCUCUGUUUUGUUUUGUUAUCUGUACGUUCUUGUGUACUGCCAUUGUCAGGUCAUUGCAACAUGAACAUGCAGACAUGUCAAUGAUCCAAUUAAAUAGAACAAGCGUCAUUAAUCUUCAGCUGUCAGAGUCCAUGUUAUAUAUGCUGUAUAAUAAAUUUGAUGUAAAUGGUACAUUGGGGUAAAU